CACCGACAGUCAUAGCAAGCCGUAACAAGUAACACUGCAACAAUGACACUUGGCUGGAUAGAACCGGUGCUCCUGGAGACCCGACAUUCGGCCACUUACAGCGAAUGACUCACGGUGGCGCACCGAUAGUCAAGGCAGUUCCAAGCUGGAUGCCUGCUAUAUAACGCGCCUCCCAUCCCAGCCUUCUCCUCAACAGUCAUAUCUUCCUUCCCUUGCAAGCCGAAUAUAUCAUGACGCGCUCAAAGAACAGCAACUCGCCCUUCAAGGAAUUGAAGAAGAACAUCCGCGCCGAGGCCGUGAAGGACGGUAUCAAGUACGCCGAAGCGAUAGAAAGGCGCAAUGCGCACACGGGCACGAGGAUGGUCGACCUCUCUCCUGGCUCGACCCGACGCAACCCCGGGCGCAUGGACGGCUGGCAGUGGCGGGGCUCGACCUUCAUACCGCCACAGAAGGUCGACAACGGAGAGUUCCGUGUCGAUGAGGCGGACGAUGCGACGCUGGUCGACGAUGAGGGAGCGUAUGCACCGCACCCCAAGGACAGGGUGGUCUGCUUGAUGGACAUCGCGCGGCCGGCGAAGCGGAAGGCCGCGAAGGACCGCUUUGAGCUCGUGGGCCGUCCGAAGGGCGUAAUCGCGCUCUCCGACGAUGAAUUGGAAAGCGUAGCGACGGAGGAGUGGGAGGCAUUGUCCGACGAUAUGUAUGAGGAGGAUGUGGCCGUACAGCGAGACGCCGCGACUAAGACUGAAGGCUGGGGAUCGAGGCCGUAUGCGGAGGUCCUAAAGGAGGCUCAGACUUGAAAUGAUAAUCCUGCUUCUGGCCAGCUUCGCCCGCAUACCACCUACAAUAUCUAACAUAUAGCCGUUCUGAUGGAGCGCGGUCACUUACACAGGCCUAGGAUGUAUCAUGGGAUGUCUUCGUCGAAUACAUUUGCAUGUCGAAGGCAAAGCCUUGA